CUGUUUUAUAUAUAAAACAGGGAAGAAUUUGGCUUAAACUCGUUUCUCCCAGAGGACGUCCUUUGGAAAGCUUGUCCUUGAAAAGGAAAAUAUCCUUCACUAUAGGAAGCUCCAUUGUGUUUCUUCACCAAUAACACUCCAAGCAACUUUGAUCAAGGAUGGAUUGCAGAGUUCCUAUUGUUCAAAUCCUUAUUCUGUUAGGGUUUCUGCUACUCACAGUGAAGGGUGAGACCAUCCAAGCUACAGAAGGUGUUAUUCUUGAUGAAGAACUUGGUAAAAUGCUGGCCAACGACAGAGAACUGGCCCAGGAAUGGUUGGUACUGAUGAACUCCAGCGGAACUGAUGAAGAGAAAGUAAAAACUCCUCCUCCUCAAAAGGCACCGGAAUCGAACUCUGAUACAGUGAAAUCAGAUUUGGGCACCUUUUAUAUUACAAAGAGAGACUAUGUGAAUCAAGGCUGGUGUAAAACACAGACACUCAAGCAAACCAUUCAUGAGGAAGGCUGCAACAGCUACAGCUUUAUCAAUAGAUUCUGUUAUGGGCAAUGUAAUUCCUUCUAUAUCCCGUGGCACAUCAAUGAUGAGAGAGGUGUUUUUCAGUCCUGUUCCUUCUGCAAACCAAAGAAAUUCAUCACCACCUCAGUGACACUGCACUGCCCAGACCGUUUGCCCCCAAGGAUGAGAAAGAAGAUCAGACAAGUUGUGGAGUGUCAAUGCAUGACCAUACAUUUGGACUAGGAAGACAACUGCAUAUUCACCCUGGCAUCUGCUUAAUUGCUUCCAUGAGUAUGGUUCCUCACAGAAUUAUGUCUUAAAGAGAACAGAUAAUGUGCACUUUCUUUUAAUGUGAACCACAAAUAUGGAAACUCAUGGUGGAAGUACAGUAGCAUGCAUAUCACCAGUUCACUUGUAUGCUGGGUUUCUGUCCUGUGACUCCAAUCUUUCACUAAGAUCUAUGCGGGUUAAUAUGUUAUAUAGUGGUGAACACUGAUAUGCUUUGGGGUGGGAGUUGAUUCCUCUAGGAGGUGGUCUGAGUAAUGCUCUAGGAGAUUCUUCUUUUAUACUCUGUGUAAAUAGUAUUUAAGAAUAAUAAAUGGUUCAAUUGUGAUUUUUUAAAAAGCUUAAA